AUGGCAUUUCCGUAUAUUUCAUGCUUGUUGGUGUUUCUCAUAUUGCUUAUAUGGAGACACCGUGGAUGGUUAUUAUCGUUGGCAGUAGCGAAAAUUUGCCAUUGUCGUUCUGUACGUUUAGGCAGAUGCGGUCUGUUUUAUGUAGAACACAUCAGACUUUGUUUAAGUGACGGUAUCGUAAUUGAAGUUGACGAUUUCCGCUUAACGAUCAGUUUCUUCAAUACGCAUUAUACGAAACCUUUUAUAAUCACGAUUAGUGACAUCCGUAUCGAAGGUGAAUGUAAUCAACAUUUAAUCCUGACACCAACCUAUAAUAGACGAUACAGUCACAGAGAUUUCGAAAGAUAUCUUCAUUGGUUACAAUAUACAAGUGCAGUAAUUCGUACUGCGCGUGUUGUAUUUCUUGAUGUAGCGCCAGGAUCCUUGUUACAUUCAACCUUUCAACAACUACAACUUGAUGGAUAUCGAGAUCGUGAAGGGAUGCAGGUUGAACUCUCUUGUAAAUUGCUGCAGGCAAAAUUGUUCAGUCGUGGAACAGCUCAAAAUACUGCUCCUCUACUCGUACUUUCGUUGGGAUUGUCACUCUGUUGCAGUGUACCUUUGGGUGUUUUGAAGUUGAAGCGACUUGCUGCCCGCAUUACUGAUCCUCAAAUUAUUCUUUCGGAUGGCCUUUUGGAAUAUUUUCAUGACCAUCCAAUGCGUCAAAAAACAAAAAAGACAUCAGAUCAAUUUUUUACAUCUUUUAAUGUUGAAAGCCUUCUGAAUACAAGUCUGAAACUGGACAUCGAGAAUCUAGUAUUGAGAUAUACUGCCAACAUGGAUUAUUCAAAAAUACGUACGGUGGCUGCAAGGUUAAAUGUAGCAUCAAUAUCAACGGAAGAUAACCAACGGUUUGCUAUUGUCUUAACUAGGAUUAAUGUAGAGGAUCAGACGCGGGAGACGUUAUUUAGCUGCAAUGAUUUCGAUGCUAAAUUAAACCGAGCACUGUGCAGUUCAGGAAGCUUUUUUGUGGAUAUGAAAAUAUUUAAUCCUCAUUUUGUUACAAAUCAAAAAGCUAUCGUUGAGUGGAGCGAGUAUUACCAUAAUAUUGAACAACGAAUUUCGACUUCUGCUAAGGGUCAUUUCGAUGACGAUUUUUCGACUGCAUCUACAGAUUUACACGCAGUACCGACGGAAAUGAAGCGAUUCUGUUGGGAAUCUUUAUCAGUAGAAGUAAAUUCAUUUCACGGUCGUUUAAUGCUUUCUAAUGGCCAAGAAAUCAAUGCUGGACUUGAGCUGGGAACAUUUCGCGUCAACGACAAUUUUGCAUCUGCUGAAGUUGGUUUAGAAUCGGUCUGGAUUCGACAAGGAAAUCUUUUUGUUGAUCACUUCGAUUCUCGUUUUUGCCACGCUUGGGGCACCACGUUAAUUAUUGGAGCUUUAUUAACUCAGUACUCCCAAAAUAAUGAAACGAAGAGAUUGUUGGUCAAGUUGGUUGAAUGCCAAAUAGAGUAUAAGGAAGAACUCAUCUGGCAGAUGGCUUCGUUCUUAUCAUCUCUUCUGUGUAACAGUUCAUCAGCAACAUGCAGCUCAUCGUCUGCAUUUGAGCCCUAUCCGCCUCCUCAAGUUAUUUUUGCAAUACAACUCUCUGUAGAGAAUGUUGUUCUCUUCAUUCUGGCUCGACAUACAUUGUAUCUGAUUCUAUCUAUCGAACAGCUGCGUGUGGAUGCCUUACCUUAUUCAACGACAUUGUCAGUAUUAGCUCUGAAUUUCAAGAUGCUACAGGGAAUCGUGACAAAUGAGGAAUUUAUUUCUUGGGAUGACUCGGCACAAGUAGAGUCAAAAGAGAUUUGCGGAAAUUGUGAUCGUUUGAUGAUGCGACUUUCUUGGUUGUCGUUAUCCUGGGAAUGGAUUUUGCUGGCUGAAUCAACAGUGAAUUUGGUUUGGAGUACUGCUGUACACAUCAUUUUUCUGGAAACUUUUCGAAGUUUAAAACAAAUCUCGGUUCUUUUCGGACAGAAAACAUCAACUAAAGGGUCUCAGCCGUUUCAUUUCAGUAUUGAAACAUCCAAUCCUGUAAUAAUCAAAUUCCAACUACCGAGAUCUCACAUGAUGUGCUGGGAAGUACCAUCGCUAUACAUACGAUGCAUGGAUCACAUAAAAAUUGAAAUGCCACAGUUUACUGCUUCCUUAGAUUAUCAUUCUAUCCUUACGAUUGAGAAGUUUUGUGUCGAGAAGCAAGCGUUUGAUGCAGGGAUGGAUUUAGGCAGGAAUGAAUUUAAGAAUCUAAAAAACCGAACAAAUAAACUUUGGAUAUGGUCUGCCGAUGCGGUGGUGUUCGUUUUUCCAUACGAUUAUAAUUUUGCUGCAGGUUAUGAUGAGAUAAUUAAUGCAUGGAAGUGGAUAAAAUUAGUACAUGAAUGGAAGAGAAAACCGUUUACUAUCGAGUCUACAUUUCCAUCAGAUUUACGAUUCUCAAUUAAAAAUGCUUCACUACAAAUCAAUGAUGAUCCAUUUGAAGUGCAACUUCAAAAUAAUUACGAACUGAUGGUUGAUGAAGUGUACGAAUGCGAACGUCGGCGUCAAAUGUUAGAUCAAAAAUUGGAACAGCUUCAAAAAACACGUCCUUUUCUCUCACAAUCGAAGGCAGAUGAAUUACAUCGAUCUCUAAUUAAAAAAAAUGCAGAAAUUUACAUUGAAAGAUCCAGGAAAUUGCCGAAUUCCAGAAAGCAUCUUUGUUUAUGGUCCAUUACGAAUCUUGAGAUUCGUGCAUAUGCUGAUAUAACUUUACACGGAAAAGAAAAUGCGGUCAGACAUCUGAAAACUUUCAAUCCAGAAUCGUCAUUUCCAGCUGAAGGAAUGGAAUUCAGUACACUAUGGGCACGUGCUGUUGAAAUGGAUUGCGACGAUUGGGUAAUGCAGUUCCGAGAUUAUCCGUUGCCAUAUGUUUUGAUGAAAGAUGCACAUUUUUGGGGACAUUUAGUGGGAAGUGAACAACUCACAGGACCUCGCUCAAUACGGACAAGUACAGUAAAACUACCAGAACCUUGGGGGCAAUAUACCAUUGAGCGAAACAUGUGUCCUUUGAAAUUUUAUUACGAUCUAUCAUGCGAGAUUAAAGAAUUGAAUUGCACUUACGGGCCUUGUUGGGAACCGUGCUUAUCAAUGAUUAGCCUUUGUUGGAAUAAUGUCAGUUUGCCGUCGAGUGAUCCAAGCCCACCACUGCCGUUUUGGGACAAAAUCCGACUACUUUUGCACGGCCGUUUUUCUAUGCUUUGUCAAAAUUUGGUCACGUCGAUGCUUGCAUCAACGGAUCCAUAUAAUUCCACUGAACUGGUUGAAAUAUGCUGGAAAGAAUUCGGGUUUGAUUGGAUUACAAAUCAGUUUUGUGUGCAAACGGAUAUGGAUGCAUUCGUACGUACAGCAUCGAAAUAUGAUGAAAGCCGCGUUUUGCAUUUGCCGGGUUUUAAAUUCAGCGUGAAGAUGGAUUGGGCGUGUAUUGGUGAUCCACACGAUCAUCAUAGUGCUCAGCCAUGUGCACCUGAUAAGCUUCCGGAAUACUCUUCUACGAAUUUAGAACAUGAUUCUUAUCGCGCAUUCCGUUCAACGCAUCUCGAUUUAGUCUUUACUUUGGAGGUGAAGCAGCCAGAUAGCACAGUCACCAAUAGCAAGUGUCCGCAGAUUUUGCUUUAUGCUAAUACUUUUCGGUGGUUGGAAUUUCUCAAAAAUACCAUGACGACAGUCAACAGACCAAUAAAGCGUGGUCAACUGUUUGGUGGAGACAAAACUAAAAAAAGUCAGCUCAGUCGACAUCUAAAGCACAUUCAGCUAAAUGUUAUGCUUCCACGCUUUCUGAUUACUUACUGGAUGUCGUACUCCUCAUCGCAUGGUCUACGAAUGAUUAGUGAAAGUUUAAAUUUAACC